CGCGGGUAUGAUCGAAAAGGUUGGCAAGUAGCGAGCUGAAUGUCGAGGCAGCCGAGCAUUUUGCUAGCGCAACAGCGACAAGGUCAAGGUUAAAGGUGUCUCCAAGAUCCGGCGACGUGACGCGGCUGGUUUAAGGUCGCUCUCACUUGGAUCCUCCUCGCUGUGUACGUAGAUGGUCGAUUUCAACGUUGUGUGCACUUACUUAUCUCUGUCUAAGGCAAUUUUCGAAUAUUUUUUAGAAAAUAGAGAGGAAGUACAUGUUCGAUCCAACGUAUUAUUUUUUUAUUGGUAUAGGAUUUAAUAAUAUCGAAUUUGGCAGCGAAUAAUAUGAAAUUUGUUGAUUCAAUAUUGAAUGACGUUAAAUUAUUAUAUAAAUGAUAAUUGGUAAUAUUAAAUUUUGCUUUUUAAUGAUGUAUAUUGUUAAAUUUGUAUUAUUUUGUAUUGAUCACUUGUAAUUGAAAUUGUACAAUUUUUGGGUUUAAACUUUGAAAUGAUACUUUAUCUUAUUGUGAAUAUCUAUAAUAAUUUAUUUAGAUUAAUUUAAGCUAUUAUUUAAGAGGAGAUAAUAUACGAUAUAAUAUUAAAAUUAUUUUAGUGAUCGAGGAAUUGUUUUUCUGAAAAAAUUUUAAUUUCGAUAUGGAGUUAUAUCUUUUAAUUCUAAAUAAUAUUUCAAUACUAGAAACUAAGAAUCAUUUUCGUGUUUUCCUUUAUUGAAAAUUUAAUUCUACGUAAUAUUUUGAAAUAUAUAUAAAUAGCAAAUAUAUUAUUAAUAUAUCAAUUAAUUAAAUAUCCUAGAUAAAAAUUUUUAAUUCAAUAUUGGCGCAACUGAUGAAACUAUUAUUAAUAUAUUUAUCGUAUCGUAUGAUAUACUAUAUAUUGAUAUUUAAAUUUCGUUCAUUAAAGAUUUUUUUAUAUUCAAACGUCUAAACAUAUCUACUUGUCAUGAGAUAAAAUUAAAUAUAAAUUUAUCCCGGUGACCUACUUUGAAAUUUAAUCUGCAGCAAUACUAAAAAAUGAAGAUGCGCAACGCGAAACAUGGAGAAACAAAGACUGUUCUCUGCUUAAUGUAAUCGAAAGGAACAUUAAAGUGACCCUUUGAAUCGUGCAAUUCCCUAUAGACGUACUGUUUCGUGCCCGAUUCUCAUUGGGGGGAAACGCGAUGCAUUUCAUUAAAUAUUCUUGAGAGAAUUUCCCCUGCAAAGCAUGUCGCAAAAAAAGUCGCAGGAAUAAAAACAAAAGCGUGGAAAUCUACAUAUACGUUCCCUCUUCUAAAAAUCGGAUUUCGAUCGGAUUCCAUAACGUUGGUUUACAUAGCUGACCUAUAUCUAUCUAUGCAACUACACGUGGAAACUCUCAACAUCCCAUAAUAGCUUGUAAUCCAAUUGCAUCGAUAAAUACAGCAUUUCUCGCUCGAAUUGCCUAAAAUUAAUAUCAGAGAUAAUGUAAAAUUUUGUUAAUUUUUAAAUACUUGUUUAAAUUAAGAUACCUUAAUGAUGAUUAUUUAAAUAAUCAUAUUUUUUUUAUAUAGUUUCUGAUUUUAUUCUUCUUCAUAUCACAAGGUUAUUUUACUCGAAUGAAAUUUAAAUACAAAUUUAUUUUUCUUAUUAUUGAAAAAAGAGGCAAUAAAAUAAUUGAAAUAACCUAUUACUCGAAAUUAUUAUCUUUUAUCCAUAUUUCAAAUAAAAUUUGCUCAAUUAAAGACAAACAAUAGAAAAUGUAACUAUUUCGUCGUAUGAUCAACAAUUUUAAACCAUUUAACUCUUCGAUCAAUAUUCCUAUCUAUACGGAGAUUGAUAUCUGCGGCAUUAAUUUUGAAUUAAUACCAAAAUGAGGUACACCGACACACACUCAAACACGGAUCAAUAAUCGUUAAUCAUGGUCGCGCGUGAUUCCAAUCGUAAAAACGUGAAACCUCUCGUCAAAAUGAUCAAUUCUCGUCCAAUAUCCAGUUUCAAAUCUCAUAUGAAUUCGAAGAUCAGACACCGCAUCGUCGAGAAACAAAUCCGCGCGGAAGGAAGGCAAAGCGCGAUCUCCAAUCCCUCCAUCCGCUUCUCCAAUUCCCGCCAUCUGCAAACAAAGCUGCAAACCCGCCGCUGCAAUUCAAUAUCCCAUUCCGUCUAUCCCUUUAUCCAUACACCCUUUAUCCAUCCCUGAUUAUCGAUCAUUCUGUGUCAUGCACAAUUCCAAUAAUCCCCCUUUUCGCACGCAACAUUGCUGCGUGGCCCGAUCUCGAGAGCGGCGGCCACGACAACAAAACGAUUCGCGUCGAGGCGGCGUGCGAAACACAACCCAGCAGCGACGUCUCUAUAUCGGAGCGUCGCGACGCCUGCGCGGGUUCCGCAACGAUCAGCUGGCUGGAGGCGCUUCGACGAGGGACGAAGGAGAGACGGAGCGCGAGAGAAGGCGGUGGAGGGAGCGAGAGAGGGAGGUGGAGAGGCGGUGGAGGGAGCGAGAGGGGCGAUGUCGAGGCGACGAGAGUUAGAGAAGGAAGGGCUGCGCACACGUCCAUCGGGUAUCAGUAGCGACGUCGAGGGUGGCCUCGUCGCCAGCUACACGCACGUUUUUGGCAACGUUCGUGGCUGCCCUUAGCCGCUGGUGUCCCACUCAUCGCAAUGGUGUUGAUCGUGUGCACGACGUGGACGUGAGCUCUCUCGAGAGCCGGCGCGCGGCCCCACGAUCACUCCUCGCGCAGUGCUGCCGUGACGGUCGAUCGAAGCGCACCGCUGAAACCUGGGAACGAGGAAACCUUCCAUUUUAACGACACCACGAUGUAUCUGGCCGGCCGCCACUGCGUCGUACUCACCCUGUGUCCACCAGCGUCCUCGCCGAACGAUCUUCAAGGGGACAGGAGGGUGGUGUAUCGUCGGGUGCCAGCGUGAACGAGGUUCCUGGAGAAGGUGACGGUCUGGACCAGCGAUUGACCCGCUGCCUCCCUUCCUCAUCCGUGUAUAGUACACGUUCCAUGUCUUUUUUCGGAGAUUCUUUUCGUUCGACUGGGCUGGCCUGUGAGAGAUCUCUGGGUGGAUGUUGUGGUUGAACAAGGGUGUACAUAAAAAUCCAUUUGGGGAGCGUUAAAGAGCAAAGAGUUCACUCGAAUCUGGGCAUUGAUCGAUCCAGAGGAACAUAAAUGGUUGAGUUAUAAUGUAGAAUAAGAGUUGUACGAAAGGCUGAUCCCUCUUGGUCUGGUUCUGUGUUGCAGCUGCGUACCGACGACGAGAUUCUCUGUCGUCGAUAACCGGCCAAUAAACGGCGCAUAGAGAGCACGCUCGCGAGAGAGAAGCAGCGUCGAACGUGGGUCACCUCCCACUCUCUCUCUCCCCCCCCAAGCGUAUCGAAGGGUUCGUUGACAUCACGACUGGAAAAUUGGCUAGAGAACUUGUGGCCGUCGAAAAAGGUCAGCGAGGAUACAAAUAUAGAAGCACUCGGGCCGCAACAAUCGAGAGAAGGAUGGAAACUUACUAGCUGUUUCUCGCCACCAGGAUCCCAGCUGCGUCUCGUGGAAUCGAUAUAUAUAUAUAUAUCUAUAUAUGCGAAAUAUUCCGGGCCGCUAUUAACAAAUCCAAAUCCGACGUUAUAAUCAGAAUCUCAGAAGAGGAAGAAUCUCGAGAGUAUCGAGUGUAUAUAUAUAUAUAUACUAUUCAUACAAAAACUCGUAGUUCCUAUCGCGAAUCGUGUGUGUAUUUUCUCCAUCUUUACCCUCGUUAUGAUUAAAUCAGUGACAGAAAACAGACCGGCUAAUCCGUGAGCCGUAAAAUACCUGCCGUACAAGCAAUAAACAUUGGCUCGUCUUAACUUCAUCGAACUUCGUUGAAUAAAAAGUGUAUGAACAAAUCGUAUUGUCGUAUUUAGUGAAACGAUCGUCUUCCACGUGUGAUACAAUACAAACUCUAAAUGUCUUAAACGAUCAACGUUAGUCAAAUUAAUAAUAAUAAUAACAACAAUAACAAUAACAAUAACAAUAAUAAUAAUAAUAUUAAUAAUAAUAAUUUUCAACGUUGAAUAACUCUGGGAACAGCCGUGUCGCGAGCGAAUAGUGCGUUAAGGGAGUUGAAGAGUGAGCUCGAGAGUAUAGGAGGGUUCCGACUCUCUGAACAGCAGGAGCCUUUCAAGGUGUAGGUUCCUCGUGGUUGGAGGUCUCUUCUGAUGGUACUGAGGGUGACUCAGCACCGGUGGACGAGCGCGAACGAGCAGCGCGGUCCCCGCGAUCAGCACCACAGUCGCCGUGUCACGUCGUCAUGGCUACACGUGCUGUCACCUCGACGAUGAUCGCGUUUGUUCUCAUCCUUCUCGUCGCUGGUUGGCCAACAGGCGGACAAACAGGCUUGGUCAGAUUCUACGAAUCUGUGCCCGAUCAUCUGCAACCGGACAGGCGAAUACCCAUCAACGAUUAUGCGAUGCACGGGCCCAUCGUCGACGACCACGAGUUCCCCAGGGAUCUCAGGGAGCCGUAUCCAGGCAAGAGCUUUGGACCAAUGGGCCCUAUCGAUGGCUCCCUCCCGGAUGACGUCUCUUUUCGAAGUUUGUCGUCUGGACAGGAGAAAGGGGCGAACUCGAUCGAACUUCUGUCGUCUCACGCUGUCGAAAAGAUUGAAAAACAUAAACCGGAGUAUAAGAUCAUGUCCGUGGAGUUUCAUCGCGUGGAGACACCGUUUGUCAUUGGAAUAUGGAUCUUCUUUGCCAGCAUCGCGAAAAUAGGCUUCCACAUGACGCCGAAGCUCAGCAAGAUCUUUCCGGAAUCCUGUUUGCUGAUCGUUGUCGGCGUGGUGGUUGGUGUCCUACUGUUCCAGGCGAGCAGUGUCCACGUGUCGCCUCUCACCCCCGACACGUUCUUCCUCUACAUGCUGCCGCCUAUUAUCCUGGAUGCUGGAUACUUCAUGCCGAACCGACUGUUCUUCGACCAUCUGGGAACUAUACUUCUAUUCGCCGUCGUUGGGACUAUAUUUAACACUUUGUCGAUAGGUGCUUCGUUGUGGGUAUUGGGUAAGAGUGGUCUUUUCGGAUUUGAGACACCACUCUUGCAAAUGUUCUUGUUCUCCGCGUUGAUCAGCGCAGUUGAUCCUGUCGCUGUGCUAGCUGUCUUCGAAGAGAUCCACGUGAACGAAAUCUUGUACAUCGUUGUCUUUGGGGAGAGCUUAUUGAACGACGCUGUCACCGUGGUGCUGUACCAUAUGUUCGAGGCUUACAACGAGAUAGGACCGACGGAAAUACUUUACACGGACGUGCUCUCGGGAUUGGCUUCGUUCUUCGUGGUGGCGAUCGGUGGCACGAUAAUAGGAGUGAUAUGGGGCUUCGGUACCGGUUUCGUUACAAGGUUCACCCACCAGGUUCGCGUGAUCGAGCCCAUCUUCAUAUUCGUCAUGGCCUACCUGGCCUACCUGAACGCCGAGAUCUUUCAUAUGUCCAGCAUACUGGCGAUCACCUUCUGCGGCAUCACCAUGAAGAAUUACGUGGAGGCGAAUAUAUCGCACAAGUCGCACACCACGGUCAAAUACACGAUGAAAAUGCUGUCAAGCAGCUCGGAAACUAUCAUAUUUAUGUUCCUCGGGGUGGCGACCGUGAACAACCAUCACGAUUGGAACACGUGGUUUGUCGUCAUGACCAUCGUCUUCUGCUCGAUCUAUCGCAUCGUCGGCGUGAUCUUCUUGACAGCGUUGGCUAAUCAAUUCCGACUGCACAAGUUGAACAAGGUGGAGAAAUUCGUGAUGUCUUACGGUGGUUUGCGAGGUGCCGUAGCAUUUGCUCUGGUCUUACUGAUCGAUCCGAAACACGUGUCUUUACAACCGAUGUUCGUCACUACCACGAUCGCAGUUAUUUAUUUCACAGUAUUCAUACAGGGAAUCACGAUCAAGCCCCUCGUAAAGAUCCUGAAUGUGAAACGAGCCGAAAAGAAGAAGCCGACCAUGAACGAGAGGAUCCACGAAAGGAUAAUAGACCACGUGAUGGCUGGGAUCGAGGACAUUUUGGGCAAGCAUGGCAAUUAUCACGUUCGGGAUAAAUUCAAACGGUUCGAUAAUAAAUUUAUUCGCCCGUAUCUGGUGAGGAAUCACUACGGUGCCGAGCCGAAAAUAUUGGAAACGUAUUCGAAACUCGCUAUGAAAGACGCUCUGGAUUACAUCAGAAGGAACGCGUCCACCAUCGGCAAUAUCAGUGGAACUGAAAGCAUGUCCGCUAUAUUCCGCAACUAUAGCAACACGGGACAAUUCAAUGGAAGUCCAAGUUGCAGCCAGCUCGAAGCGGGCUGGAAUAUUGAUCUCCAAGAAUUGGAGUACAACCCUUCCAAGAAGGACUUGACGGACGCCAGGAUCCACCACCUAUUGGCCGAAGAACUUUGCAAGCCGUACAAGAGGCAUGGAACAAAACUGUUGCAGCAUCGACGUUUAAGCUACAGCCGACACGCGGUGAACGAUCGCGACCUGUCAACCCAAGUCAAUUACAAAAUGCACAUGAAUAUAAGACGGAUGAUGGGAGAGCACAAGCAUCGUCACAAGCGCAGUAAAAAAUUGCUCAAAGAUGGUAAGCAGAAUCACGUGAGUUUCCCGGAGUUCCAGCAAAACGGAUCAACCAAGUUGUUCACUCAAGAUUACAUCAACGGUGUCCUGUACGAGCUGGAAAACGGAGAUACUUCAAAGCCUUCGAGCAAGGAAGACUGGGACUCUGCGAUUACCUUCACGGCUCGCACUUCCGAUUCGUUGAACGUGAAUACGGAUGGCCACCACGGCGUCACCACCACUACCUCAAUGGACACCAUAAAUACCGACGAUCCGGAUAUGAAAUUAGGACGAGACGAAAGUUACAGGGUAACAACACCGACAGCCACAGAAACUAUGUUGCCAUGGAAAAGGGAAGACGAUUACGAUUCCGGCCACCCGAUCAAACAAAAUGAAUUUCCUGCUUGGUGUUCUAACAAAGAAUAUCUGGCUUAUAGUUCUCCUUCGGCGACAUUUUUAGGUGGAAUCGAGCAGCCAAAGGUCCAGUCAGUAAUUGGUCUAUUCCGUCGCGAAAGCGUGUGCACCCCAGAUGGUAUCGAUUGCCAGGAAACUGUGGAUGAGCGUGACGAAUACACGUUGACGGGGACAGAACAGACCGAAGAUUCACCUACGAAAACAUUUAGUGAAUACGAGAAAGAUAACAAAAAAGGACCCACAAGACGCGUGUCCAUGAUGGAGCUAGGCUCGAUGGAGAAGUCGCAUUCAGACAAAUGCACGGAUGACGGUUCUCAUUCCCUGCCAGAGUGUUGGAACGCUCAACGAGUCCGGAUGACCUCGUUCCCAUACUCAGCCCAAGUUCCAAGCCUAUCGACCGCUCUCAUCACCUCCUCCUCGGAAUCGUCGGAGGAGAUCGACGAGGAGGAAGAGAAAGCUUGACCUUUGGGGAUCGUCGAGGGGCAGGCGUCAUCCUACGCGGACGAGGAACGUCGUUUGCGUCGACCAUGGCGACGGCCACCCCGACGUUCAUUGCUUUCGUCGCUCCUGCGACGUCCCAGCGCUCCAGUUUGAAUGAAGGCGAGUGUCUCGUAUCUUCUCCUCCCUCAAGAGGAAAGAACGAGCAACAUUUCAAGGAUUAAUUCCUUCCCCCUGGACGAUUGUCGAUCUCGCUCCCUUCAAGACGAACAUUUUUAGAAAAACAAUUCAAGAGGAACGAAGAGCUGCUAUUGACCAGAGAGCUCUUCUUCUCUCUCUCAUAGGACCACGAUGACGGAAAGUACCUCUCGUUUUGAUUACCGAUGUUUUCAUUUGCACGCAGAAACGAGUGAUUCGGGAUUGUUAUAUAUAUUAGAUAGUUCCGAUAUUAUUGUCAAAAAAAAGGAUAAUAAUAUUUUAUCGAUUGGUUCGAUCGUUGAUGAUACGUAGAAGUGUGCGAAAUUGUGCCAUGAUUCAAAAAUUUGAAUAUCGGGAAAAAUCGGAAAUAUUCGGGUAAGAUUUCGAUAUAUUCGUGUUCUUUCGGGACAAAUUCGGUUAGAAUUGAACAGGUACGAAGAUAUUACGAGAGUUCGCCCGAUUCUGUUCGAAUUUUUCCGAAUCUAUGAUCUCGGGAAUCUUUAAUGUCAAUCAUUAGACAAUGGAUGUUUGUAUCUUUAUUGAAACCUAUAAAAAGGAAAGAACCAAAAAAGAAUAUGUACAAUGUAUAGUAAAUCAUGAAAUUAGAGACUGAGAAAAAUAUCUGUUUAGAAUUCAUUUGUUUAAUUUCCAAAAAGUAUGGCACAAAUAUCCGUAAUCUAAUGAUGAUAUACAAUCGAAAUGUGAUUUCGAUAACGAUGUUACAAUUUUACGACAAAACGGUCAGUCGAGGUUGAGUUCUCUUUUGAUACCUGGUGACCGCGUGAAUCUUUUUUGAAUAUUUGACCAGACUGAUGAGAUGAGAGAAUAAAGAGAGAAAGGGAGAGAGUGAAAGAAAGUGCGAACGAAAGAGAGAGAGAGAGAGAGAUAUUUUUUUAAACCGAUACACCUCGUUUUCUCCGUAGCACGACUGAUGAUGAAAUGUUAUAUUUACCGAUAGACAGGAGUACAUUUUUUUUUUUGGUAGUUGAUUUUUCAAAUGCUUCCUGAAGAAAUUGCGGUUCGUCCAAUUAGAAAAGAAAUGUUUUCGAUCGUAGGAAUAAAGAGGGAUAGAAAAGGGACCGAGCAACGAUAUUUCUUCGUCAAUCUUCGUUGCUGCGUUGCUUUCUGCGUGCUAAAAAAGAUCGAGAACAGGGAGAAUGCGCGCCAUUUUAAACUCCUAGACGCUGUAGCGUGUUUCUCAUUUAGCGACGACUCGUUAUACGAUCGCUCAUUAACUUGGUAUCGUGGCCUUAAGAUUCUACUAGAAGUAUCCUAGCAGCAACUCUGAACCUUCCGGUAUAUUGUAAAAAAAAAAAAAAAAGAAACGAAAGAGAAGAAAAAGGAAAAAAAGAGACUAAGAUUGAAGAUAUUAAAUAAGGGAGAAGAAAGGAGUGAUUUUUACGAAAAAAAAAAUAAGCAAAACUCGAGGACUUGAUCUGUGUUACGCUUAAAUGAAUAGACAUGUGCACACGAUGAUUUUGAUUCUUUUGUUUGAUUUAUUCGAUGACGAUGGAAAAUAGUCUUUCGAGAAAGAAAAAUAAAUAUAUACAAAUAUAUUAUACGUGUAUAAUACAGUUUGAUAUACUUGACGCGUAACGUUGAGAUCAUCGCGCAAUCUGCUUUCGAGUUUAUAGACGCAAGUCUAGAUUUAGAUGUGCCACGUGCCGUGGAUAUACACCCAUGCAAGAUGAAUUUGGGACGAUUAACUAUUUUUGUUGCCUUUAGAGGAGAAGGAAAUCUUGUGAGGAGAAAAUAAAGUGGUUUGAAAUCAUUAUUAAAGUGAAUUGAAUAAAAUUUUUUCAUAAAUAAUAUUAUAAAAAUAUUAUUAUUGAAGGUAUAAUUGAUUUAGAAAUCUAUUAAUUAAUUUGCUAACAAUUUACAUCUAUUAAUAAUAUAUUUGUUUUUAUAUAGUAAAAUUAUUUAUUAUUCUUACUUCUAUAAAUUGCUUGGUUUCCUCCAACAAGACUUCCGUAUUCUUGAAAACAACAAUGUCUCCCUUUAGUAUAUUUCAUCUUGCACUCAUACUGUAUUUUUGCAGAGAUUCUUGCAAAUUUUUAACUACAAAAAAAACACAAUAAUAACCGGAUAAAAAUGUAUGUAAUAUUAUACCAAAUCUCUAUUUACAAAUUUUAUGUGAGGAAAAUUUUCUAUAUCUAUAUCUAUUCGUUCUGUAAGAAUCACUGCAACAAACAUAGCCACAUUUUUAAUGAUCACAAUUCACAUAAUUUUUUAAAAACGAGAUUUGAAACCGCAUAUUUAACGCGAAAUUUUAUUUCUAUGUAAAUUUUGGAUAUCAUAAUAUCUAUUUAUUGAAGAUUAGAUAUGAAAAAACAAUUUUUUAAUUAUUAAUAUAUUAUUUAUUAACGAAAUAUUUAUUAAAUAAUCUAAAUAUCAAAAUUUAUUUCUUAAGUUUAUCACAUUUUGAUGUUGUAAUAUUUUAAAAUCUUAUUGAUUAACAUAGAAAACAAUAUUAUAUUGAAAUAAUAUUCAAACAAUGUUAUAAAAAUAGUGAAAUAAUUUUUUAAUAUGUUUAUGAAAAAAAUUGCAAUUUAUUACAACUUUAUCUUUUGAAUAGAAGAAAAAUGAAUAAAAAAAAGAAAAUAGUCAAUAAAUUGCCUCAUCUUAAGUUAUGCGACAAAGUAAAUUUCAUCAUAAGAGAUAUUUAUAUAAAAUUCUAAGAACAAGAAUGUUCGAAAAAUCGAGCAUUUUAUAAUAUAUUUAAAAUUGAAACCUUAAAGUUGAAACCUUUUUCACAGUGAUAAAACAAACACAAACACACACAUACGCGAAAAUUAUUUAAUGAAACGCUCCUCUCCUUAAGUAUGGCCUUAAAAGAAACAGAAAACAGAAUAAAAAAUAAUUAAUUAAAUAAAUAAUUAAAAAUAAAAGUCUCAUAUGUAGAAAACAAACUGUGGAAAUGUUGUAGGUAUAUACCUAACAUAUGUACAUAAAGAGACAAAAUAAGAAAUGAAAAAGCAACAAAAAAAAACAAAGGAAAAUAACCAAAAAAAUGAAUUUUUCUUAGCAAGAUAACGUAGCAAAUUAAUCGCGAUGAUUAUUAAUUACAAUCAUUUAUCAAGACACGAGUUGAGCAAAAAGAAAUGUGUCAAAGUGUGAAACUAUGGCGGAGAGCUGCCAUAAGGGAAAGUUUAGAAUUCCGAUUUUUAUGAGAAUUGAAGAGAUGAAUUAUCAAUUACCCCUCGCAUUACCAAGAUACUUAAUUAAAUUGAAUACAAAAUUAAAGCAUCCAUUUUCUCUCGAUUAAGCGAAAGUAUGCUGUAAAAACAAUAAAACUUAAUAUAUAUUUGAACUUCAUAUGUUUAACAAUAAUUAAUAAAAUAAAUAUCGUAGAUAUUAUAUGGUGGAAACAAAAACUUUCUUGGUAGUACGAGAUUAGUUUAUAUUCAAUUCUAUUCUAUUAAAUAAUUCUAUUGGCACUCGUGAUUCAUUAAGUGCUUACAGAAUUGAACGAAAUCACAGCGAUAGUCCUUUGGAAUUAUUGACAAUGCAUUAGACUGAUUAAAAAUAUUAUUAUCGAAGAAAAUUGAAGAGAUUAAAAAAAAAAUUAUGAAAAUUCGUAAAGAUAUGAAAAUGAUUUAUAAAUAUAUCCAAUUAUUUUAACGUAGAAUAUUAACAAAUAUAUAAUUCUUUUAGCAAGAAAAAAAAGCUAAUAAUCUACAAGUGUUAAUAAUCGGCUGUAAGCAAGUUUUGAAAUACUUGUUGAAACGAGAUAAAUUUAGAGUUGAUAAUAAAUAAUUGUAGCGUAAAUAUUUCAUUCUAUAUGUCUUAACUUGUAUUUCAAAAAUUGCUUUUAAUUAAUUUUAAAACUUUUUUCAAUACACAUAUACGUAUUUUUUUAGAAUUAAUUAUAGAGAUAAAUAUUAUACAUGAAAUAUAUGAAAAAUAUCUUUUGGCAGUAGUAAUUUGUAACUUAAUGUUAAAAAUUAUUACUCUAAAUUUUCAUUUCAUAAUAUUUUUAUUUAAUCUCUUGAAGGAUAUUAUCUAUUAUUUUAAUAACUUUUCAAAUAUUUAAAUUAAUAGUUAAAAAUAUAUUUCAGUAUUUGAUAAUUAUAGAUACAUUUUAAUUAAUAUAAUUGAAAUUAUUAUUAAAUAUUAAGAAAAUUCAAUAAUAUUGAAAUAUGAAAAAAUAUAUAAAAAUUAUCAUUAUAAUUUUCAGAUCUUAAUAAUUUUAUCUCUCGAGAGAUUAAAUUUCAAUCAAUCAAUUUCUCUUUCACUAAAAGUAAUUCAAUUAUUUAAUUUCCAAUCUUUGAACGUUCCACUUGCUCAUAUAUAUACGUAUGUUAUAUAAAUAUUUUAUAUACGCUGUGCCGUGAUGUUCCUCGUUGAAAAUUCGGAUGGAAAGUAUUUCUAUAUCGAAAUACGUAAAAAUAAAUAACGUAAAAAUAUCGUCGACCAAGACUGCGAUUAAAGCAAAUACCGCAAAGUUUUUGUCAAUUAAGGCAAUACGUUCGUUAGGCUUUCCUUCGGACUCGUUGUUUAAAAGAGCAUUUUUUCACGCACAUAUUGCUUGAAUAAAAUACUUGCUUAAAGCCGAGGGAGUUUGGAGAGAAUAAGGGUCGAUUCAAUUUUCGUAAAAAUCGAACGAGUUUGAAAUUUCCCUUCGUGCGAUAUAUUCCUGGUGGCCUCUAGUUACCUAGGUCAAACAAAACGUCGAGCUAGUCUCUAGACGCUAGUCUUUACGCUGUUGAUUUGUUAAAAUAAAUGUUUAUUUCGUAAAAAAA